CGGAGCGACACUGACAGUCACCAGCCUUCUGUCUGGCUAUACGCUCCCACACCGUGUCCGGUCGAGGUAGGAGUCGCGCGACCGAGCGCGCCACGGUUCGCCCAUGGCCGGCCGAGGGAUGCCGACACCGAGACAUCGGCCGUGCCUAAUUCUCCAUCGUUUGUUCAAAGUCCUCCACCGAGCCACCGAUUCACCGCCGACUGGAUUAUCUCAUCUCGACAUUAAGUCUCUAACUUAUCGCAGGCGCGCUUCUCCUUCCACUCCUUCACGCACACUUCCCGCUCCUUCUGAGGCGGCGCACCGUCUUCCUCCGCGUCCUCCUGGCCUCCCUCACCUCUGGCCGCCAUGUCGCUCCGAUUCGCGGCGUGCGCGCGCCGCGCCCUCCGACCGCACCCUCCAUCAAUCCCGCGACCAGGAAUAUCGCGCCUGGCAGUACGCGGGUUUGCUGUGAGCGCGCGGCUGCGGCACGAGCACCCGCCGUCAAAAGCAGCCCAUGAUCACACCCACACCGCCGCUGGAGGGCAUACCCACGCCGAGGCUGGACAUACCCAUGCUGCAGGACAUACACAAGCUGCGGGACAUACACACGCGACGGGCGGGACAGGUGCGAAAAGCUCGCAUGGGCACGACGAGCACGCGCACGGGCUGUUCCACGCGCACGACCACAGCCACUCAGAGGGCGCGGAGCAGAUCAUCAAUGCGCUCAAGACGGGCAAGAUGGAUCGCGGGACGAAGAUUACUCUGCUGGGCCUUGGGUCGAAUGUCGCGCUGACUAUCUCGAAGGGUGCCGCGGGCUUCUUUAUGAACUCGGCAUCGCUGCUCGCCGAAGCGGGACACAGUCUGAGCGACUUGCUCGGCGACUUCGUCACCCUCGCGACUUGGCGCAUAUCGCGCAAGCCGCCCGACGACCGCUUCCCGUGGGGUUACGCCAAGUUCGAGACGUGCGGCACCCUCGCUGUGUCCGUCAUCCUCGUUGGCGGCGCCAUCGGCAUCGGCCUCCACUCGUACCACCUGCUGAUGCAGGUGAUUCUGCCGUGGCUCGAAAGCCUGCCGCCCGACAGCCCCUUCGCGGGCCUGCAAGCGUGGCUGCCGCGCAGCGUGCCCUCGCCCCUGCUCGAGCUGUUCCACGCGCACGGCGUCGGCGAGCACGACCACGCGCACGGCGUGGACCACGCGCACGGCGUGGACCACGCGCACAGCCACGCCGUGGGCGAGACGCCCCUCCUCAACCCCCACGCUGCAUGGUUCGCGCUCGCGAGCGUCCUCGUCAAAGAGUGGCUGUACCAGCUCACGAACAAGGUCGCUAAGCAGGAAAACUCGCCCGUCCUGCGAGCUAAUGCGCUGCACCACCGCGCGGACGCGCUCACGUCUCUCGUCGCCCUCGGCUCGAUCGUCGGCUCGUCCCUCGGCGGCAUCAAGUGGCUGGACCCGCUCGGCGGCAUCGCCGUCUCCUUCUUCAUCUUGCAGCAGGGCCUGUCGCUGUCCAAGGUUGCGUGCAUGGAGCUCCUGGACGUCGGGAUCGACGCCAAGACGCAGAAGAGCAUCGAGAAUGUCGCGUGCGAGCUGGUGGACGGUGUGGAGCUCCUCGGCAUCCGCAAUGUCCGCGGCGUGCGGUCAGGAGGCCAGAUCGUCCUCGACCUCACCAUCGUCGUGCCCGCCCUGAUGUGCGUAUACGACUCGCACGAGGUAGAGCUGCGUGUGCGCAACCACAUCAUGGGAGCGCGCACCGACAUCCGCGAGAUCAAGGUGCACGUGCACGCCGACAUCCACGACGACGGUAACCCCACACCACCGACCGUGAACAGCGACUUCACGAAGCACGGGUGCGACCCGUGGCAGAACGGCGGCAAGUAGAGGCUUUCGCGAUAGUAAAGAUAGACGGCUGCGGCCAAGCAUCGCCCAGACGAAUGCAUACAUACAGUAGUG